GUUACUUUCCCUGGCCCUUCUGUGAAAACCCUUUUCUGUUUUAUUUUGAGCACAACACCCCUGAAACACCCUUCUUACCUAUGCCACGCUGUUGAGAAACGUAUCAAUGGGGUGGCGGCAAGGGGCUGCGGAGUGGCUGCUCAGCAACGCUGCGAGCGGCUGGCGCGGCGCGGCGUCGGCAGCAGCACUGGCAGCAGGAGGCGCCAGCGGGACCGCCCGGGCGGGGGCCCCCGCCGGAGCAUCUCGAGGCGCAGCCGCGUCUCGAGGGGCAGCGGCGGCAGGCCCACAGAAGAAGUUAGGGCUGAAGGAUGUGCAGCACAUAGUGGCCAUUACGUCAGCCAAGGGCGGCGUGGGCAAGUCCACUACGGCGGUGAAUGUGGCGGUGGCGAUGGCCACGCGACUGGGGCUGCGGGUGGGGCUGUUGGACGCGGACGUUCACGGCCCCUCCAUCCCCACCCUCAUGAACCUGAGGGGCAAACCAGAGCUCGACAAGUCCGGCACGGGUGCGCUCAUGCUGCCAAAGGAGAACUACCGUGUCAAAACCAUGUCCUUCGGAUUCUUCCUGGAGGGCGACGAGCCGGUGGUGUGGCGGGGGCCCAUGGUGAACAACGCCUUUGACAAGAUGCUGUUCGGCACGGAGUGGGGGCUGCUGGACGUGCUGGUGGUGGACAUGCCGCCGGGCACGGGCGACGCGCAGAUCAACCUGGGCCAGCGCAUCCCGCUCAGCGGCGCGGCGCUGGUGUCCACCCCGCAGGACGUGGCGCUGAUUGACGUGCGCAGGGGCGCGCAGAUGUUUCUGAAACUGCGGGUGCCAUUGCUGGGGCUGAUCGAGAACAUGGCCUACCACCGCUGCGGCAAGUGCGGGCACGUGGAACACAUCUUCGGCACGGGCGGCGUGGAACGGGCGGCGGCUGACUACGGGAUGGACGUCAUCGGGCAGGUGCCGCUGCACGUGGACAUCCAGACGCGCUCCGAUGCCGGCACGCCCGUGGUGGCGGCGGAGCCGGGGGGCGCGCUGGCGGGCGCCUACGUGGGCAUCGCGGAGCGACUGCACGCCAAGCUUCUGGCGCUGGGAGGGGCGGGAGGGGCAGGCGCGGGAGGAGCCGGUGGGGCGGGCGGCGCGGGGCCGACGAUCACCAUGGAGUAGGGGGUUAGUCAGUGGAGUAGGCGGGGCGGUGGCCUGUGGGCGGGAGGCAUGAGUACUGCGGGGACUUGUUGCUGGUAGUGGUAGGGACCUGCAUACCGUGUGCCCUCGAUGGGUUUCAAGCACGGGGCACCUCUGGCACGUCCCGUGACGUAGCUAGCGGCCUGCUGCGAGCUGCUGCUGAGUGGACGGUGUGUCAGGGGGGAUGAUUGUGUAAGUCGUGUAAGUCCUGAUAAAAAAAGCCCUGCUACGUGCGACUGUCUGGUGCCGUACACGCAUUGGCCAGACACGGCGCCAGCUUUGGCAGCAGGCGGUUGAGACCUGCGGUGUAUUUGGUUUGCAGUCUUCGCUGGCAAAUACAGCAGGGCAUGUAUGUGGCAGUCCUGUGCCUGCUGUGUUUGUGCUUGACAGUGGGACGAGGGCGAACACAUGGCGGCCGGUGCCUGUACAAACCGACCUUGCCUAUAGGAGAG